AUGGCCGCGAUGUCCCCCCAGCAGGAGCACCUCGGGCCGGCCCGCUCGGCCUCGGUGAGCGGCGAGGGCAGGGGCUUCGCCGCCGCCGACAGCAAGAAGCAGAAAAUGAAGAGCUUGGCCCAAAGACGCCAGUCUGCACCAUCUUUGAUCUUUGUCAAAGCUCUUAACAGAUCUAGAUCCGUCUCAAGGGAAGGCUGCUUCUCCCCCAUCAGCCCCGAGGCAUGUCCCCUUGUGCAGUCGUUCAUGUGCCACAACAGGACGUUCCUCCUCGACGGCCACGUGCAGCUGAAGACGGGCCUGCAGACCCAGGAGCGACACCUUUUCCUCUUCACAGACCUUCUGGUUGUUGCCAAGUCCAAGUCACACUCUCAUUUCAAACUAAAGUGCCAAGCACGUCUCUGUGAGAUGUGGACAGCAUUUUGUACAGAAGAAGUCUGCGAAGGCAGCACAGACCCAGAAAGGUCCUUUGUUUUGGGCUGGCCCACCACUAACUGUGUGGCAAAUUUCAGGUCGGCAGAACAAAAGGAAACAUGGCUCUCUUUUUUGCAAAGUCGAAUAAGAGAAGAGAAGGAAAAAGACUAUCCUAAAAGCAUUCCUCUGAAGAUAAUUGCAAAGGACGUUGGAACCUGUGCAUAUUCAAAAACCCUAACUGUAACCAAUGUUGAUACAGCAAAUGAUGUAAUUCUCAUGGCCCUGCAGCAGCUGGGAAUUUCUGGCUCUGAAAAAGACUACAAGCUGUGGGUGAUUUCAGGAAGAGAAGAUGCUCCAUACCCUCUCAUUGGCCACGAAUAUCCCUUUGGAAUUAAGAUCAGCCACAUCCGCGACGCGAUGCCCCACGGGUCGAAGCACUGUGCCUGCCCCCGGCAGCUUCAGGGAUCCUUCCUGACGGAGCAGCUGCCCCAGGAGCUGCAGUGCCAGUUUGUGCUGAAGCCCAGCCGCCUGGCCGAGUGCCCGCCGCUGCACGACUUAAGCCAGAAGUCGUUUAAAAGGAAAAGAUCUAUCAUAAACUGGGCUUUUUGGCGUGGCACAGGCACUCACUUGGACAAUGUGCCCCUCUCCUCAACAUCUGCUGCUCCUGGGAAGCUCUUUGGCCUCUUGCUAACAGCCAUCUGUGAGGAUGACAACCUGCCCAAACCUCUCUUGGACAUGCUUUCCCUCCUUUACCAAGAAGGUCCUUCUACUGAGGGUAUUUUCAGACGCUCUGGAAGUGCAAAAACCUGCAAAGAGCUCAAGGAGAAGCUUGAUUCAGGCGCCGAAGUGGACUUAGCCUGUGAAUCCAUAUUUGUGACAGCAUCUUUGUUUAAGGAUUUUCUUCGCAACAUCCCAGGCAGCAUUUUGUCAUCCCAGCUCUGUGAUAAGUGGGUCUCUGUGAUGGAUCAAGGAAAUAAUGAAGAGAAGAUAAAAAGCAUCCAAAGGUUAAUAGAGCAACUCCCCAGAGCUAACGUUGUUCUCUUACGUUACAUCUUUGGCGUACUACAUGGUAUAGAAAUGCGAUCUGAAGAGAACCAGAUGAACGCAUUUAAUCUAGCUAUCUGCAUUGCACCUAGCCUGCUCUGGCCUCCUGUUUCCUCCACUCCUGAUAUGGAAAGUGAAUUCACAAAAAAGAUUUCUAGUCUGGUGCAGUUCCUCACUGAGAAUUGCUGCAGGAUUUUUGGAGAGGAGAUUAACUCCCUCUUUGGAGAAAUACUGAUGACAUGCAAGAGAGAAAAUGGCUCAGAUGUGGCUUCCCUCCAUCUGAACGACUCUUCCUACGACAGCCUGGAAAAUGAGGCGAACGAUGAGGCCGACUCCUCUUCCAGCGACUGGAUUAAGAACCGAGAUCAGGAUAACAGGAGCAGGGAGUCUGUCUUCACCCUGAGCGACGGCGAUUCGGAGCAGACAGAGGUGGAUGAAAUCCAAAGUAAAACCAAAUCGAAACAGUUGACGAUUUCUGUUGAUGUACACCGUAAGUUUUCCUCGCAAGAAAACUCAGAGAAGGAGUCUCUCUGCUCCAGUGCAUUGGGCUUCUCUUCAGCAGCUACCUCAGGUGUCCUCAAAGCCUUGAGGAGACACAGGCGCUCCUCAGAGCCUGCAAUCGGCCUCCUUGCCCCCAGCUUCACCCACAGUGGCAACAGUCAUGAGAAGGCAGCGCGCAAAGCCAGCUGUGACGUUGUCCUGUCUCACGAAGAUGAAGACUAUCUCCGUCAGCUUCGGUCAUUGCAGAUGGAAGGGCAAAAGCUUAUCAAUCAGAGCCUGAUUAUAGGGAUUAACAUUGGUAAAAGUGACAACACAAACCAAAAUGUUGAAAAGAAAGACUUGUCCCAUUGCCUCCUGCCUCCAACGCCUGAGGGAUUAAAUAUUUGCUCAGGAUUUAGCUCUUCUAGCCUGUCUUCUCCUGGGACAUCUCCGUCUGUGUCGUCAAUGAGCUCCCUGGACAGUGCUUUCUCUCAGUUUUCAGACCAAUCUGUGUUUACCCCAACCGAAACCUCCUCCCCUUUUGAUAUCAGCACUUUUCAGUCAGUAAAGAAACACGAAGAGACUGCCGCUGACGUGGCUGAUGACUAUUUGGUCACACCCACCAGGGUGCCACCAUCUCCACAACCUACCGAGGCGCUGGCUGAGGGGGGCUUGGUGGAGCCCAACAGCAGGCCAGCACCCCUGAAACCUACUGAAGGAGUCGACGGCUAUUUGAUUAAGCCUGACAUUCAGCCAUUACCUCUGAAAGUCGCAGGAAAAGAGAGACUUCAUGAUCCAAGAUCAAAGAGGAGGUCUAGGAGAGCAUUACAGCAAUCCAAAGUUUGA